GUGCCAUUUGUAAACACAUUUAUAAUGUAAGCACAUUGAUUCGCUGAUAUGUGAAAAGUGAUUUUUUUUUUGCAGUUCACAUUUAUAAUUAUAUUUCCGUGUAAGUCUGAUUUUGACAUGGGAUCAUUUAUCACAUUGCAUGCAGUAUCUUAAACGCCGCGACAUAAGAAAUAAGUAAAGAACAAUGUCAGUUCAUUUUGAUGAGAAAAGCGGCGUGGUUCCCUGUGAAACUCCAUGGGGUCGCUGGUAUCAGACGAUGGAGGAGGUGUUCCUCGAAGUUAACGUUCCUCCAGGUACCUCUGCGAAAGAGAUCAAGUGCACUCUGGGAAGUAGGCAGAUAACGCUGUAUGUUAAGGGCCACGAGGUCAUCAAGGGAAAUCUUUUCGCUUCAACAAUAGCAGACGAAGGAACGUGGACGUUAGAGGAUAAAAAACUUGUUCGUAUCGUUUUAAUGAAAAGUCACCGAGAGGCAGGUAACUGCUGGACGUCUCUCUUGGAAGACAUGUACUCUGCUGACCCUUGGGUUCAGGACCAGAUGCAAAAGAAGCUGACAUUGGAGAGGUUUCACCGGGAGAACCCAGGAUUUGACUUUAGUGGUGCAGAAAUCUCUGGAAAUUAUGCAGGAGGUGGACCAGACUUUUCUAGCUUAAAAUAAGCUUGCAUUUUUCUAAAUAAAAUUUUCAGUCACAUGUC